AAACUACAGAAGAAGAAGGGGUUGGAGUUCAGUAAAUACUGAUGAUGUCAUCGUCUGAAGAUGGCUGAAGGAGAAGGCUGGUGGGGAGGAUGGCUGCAGCAGAGCUACCAGGCCGUCAGAGACAAGUCAUCUGAGGCCUUAGAAUUCAUUAAGCGAGACCUCACAGAGUUCUCUACUGUAGUGCAACAUGACACCACCUGCUCCAUUGUUGCUACAGCCACUGCUGUCAGAAACAAGCUUGCGGUGGAAGGUUCCUCUGAGACCACAGAAAAGGUAAAGAAGAGCCUCUCUAGUUUCUUAGGAGUAAUAUCAGACACACUUGCUCCAUCUCCUGACAAAACCAUCGACUGUGAUGUGAUUACAUUGGUGGCAACGCCAGCCGGAACCACAGAGGUCUAUGACAGUUGUAAGGCACGUCUCUACUGUUUGCAAGCAGACCCUGCUACAUACUGCAAUGAACCUGAUGGUCCUCCAGAGAAAUUUGAAAACUGGCUUUCUACCUUCAGUUUGGAAGAUAAUCAGGGAGAAAUCUCAGAACUUCUGGUCAACAGUCCCUCUAUACGAGCCCUCUACACUAAAAUGGUGCCAGCAGCUGUAGCCCAUUCUGAAUUCUGGCAGAGAUAUUUCUACAAAGUCUUCCAGCUGGACCAGGAGGAAGCAAGGAGAUUGGCAUUAAAGCAGAGGGCAGAACAGACUUCUCACACAGAGACCCUGGGCUGGGAGGAGGAGGAAGAGGAUGACUUUCUUGGUGCAACGUCAUCAUCACAGCUCAGCUUUACAACCAAGUUGGACAACGACUCAAUGGACCUGCCCCGACCCUCGACAACUCUUCCAGGAACAACUCUGCCUAGCCCCAUCUUUUCUCCCUGCGAAGAGCACGAUGUCACUUACUCAGUUAGCAGCGAUAGUAUCAGCCAGCCAACACAAGUGGAAGUGCAGACAGAGCCAGUUGCAACAGAGCUGGCCAAGAAACUGACAGAAGCUAGCUUGGAAGAUGUUGAAGUCAAGACACAAGAAAAGCAGAGGCCUAUACAGAGGGACUUACCUCUUGAGGCCCAAGAAGAGGCUGUCACCCUGCCAGAGGUCACUGUUGAUGAGACAUCUCAGAGGACGCCUGCCCCCAUCUCCAAACCAGUAGCGGCAAAGGAAGAAGGGCCACAGGACCUGAGAGUGUUUGAGCUUAAUUCUGACAGUGGGAAAUCUACACCAUCUAACAAUGGCAAGAAAGGGUCAAGCACAGAUGUGAGUGAGGACUGGGAGAAAGAUUUCGACUUGGAUAUGACAGAAGAAGAAGUCCAGCUGGCACUCUCUAAAAUAGAAGCAUCUGGAGAGCUGGAUGAAGACUGGGAGAACUGGGACUGAGAGACACUGCGAUAGAAAUUACCAUGCUUUCUGUGUUUUAACACUCUGUCCAUACUGUCACAAAGUUAUGGUUGUCAGUUGGAUAUUUUUCUACCAGGUUUGGACCAUGGUAAACCUGUAAAAAAGACAACUGGAAGUCAAAGGCAAUUAGCAUUUGAUUGUUAACUUAACUGUUGGUAAAGUGCAGAUGGCCAUUGUCUAUUUUUUUGAGAAACUUCAGGCUCAGAGAGUGAAAGAGACUAGUAAUAGAACCAGGUUGUAAUCACCCUAAAGACACACGGUGACAAGAUUGUGAAAGGUUCCACAGCAGCAUGGCUGUUCUCCUUUUUUCUUUGCUACAUUAAAUUAAUCAUGUAAGUUGCAAGUACAUUUCAAGUUUGGCAUAUGACUUGCAGCAGCAAAAAAACAAAAACAAAUUGUAGUGCUGUGUCCCCUUUCGAAGAUGAAAAAUUGGGCCAAUGACUUUUGAAUUAAUGAUACAUGUAUUUAAUUCCAGUGCCCCUGUGAGUAUUUCCUCCUCAUGAUGAAAGAGAAUCUUCAAAAACAGAGAAACUAUUUUGCCUUCAUUCUCAGAGCACCUUUAAUCUUUGAUGAACUUCCGAUUCUAGAUAUAUGGCCUUAAAAACACACAGUAAUGCUUUUGAGAUGUUUUCGUCACAAGUUAAUCCCCUGUUAUUCAAAAUCUAUGUGUCAAUAUCAGUUCUUUCCCCUCAAUUGUCUUAUCAUAUUCAUUUGAUUAUGAGCUUGUCACAGGCUACAUUUAACUUGCUGUCAUUUAUAAGUGUUUCACUCCUUUGAGUUGUUGAUCAGUUUGUCUUAUUUGGGUGGAUGAAAUUCACUAAUUAUUAUUAUAUGUUAAUAAAUAAAUAAUUUUUGAAUUUAUACACACUUCAAACAGGUCCAGCUGUCAUGGUACUGGAUUUUUUUCCUUAAAUGUAGGUUGGAAUCUCUUGGUAUUUACAUUUAUUGGAAAAUACAAAAUAUCUAUUAAGUUUGAUUUUCUUUGCCAGCCUAUGCUUUGGGACAAAAUAGUUUAGCUGGCACUGUGCCAAGUAGAACAAUGUGCAACGUGCACUUGCCAUGCUAUUCUGAUUCACAUUUUAUCAUCUGUAAUGUCACUAAGAAAAUAUAGAGAUACAGUCAGACUGCAGAUGUAAUAUUUAUACUUAAAUCCUUGCUUAUUAUUGUUUAAUGUGCUUUGGAUUGCUUUCCGUGCAAUAACAUGCAAAACAUUGGGCAGAUGGUAUUAUUGAGUUAUAUGUGUUUUGUAAAGACAUUGGCUGUUCUUCAAGUUUAUGUGUUCUGACAAUGUGUUGCAUGUCUAUAAUCCUCAGCUGUGUAUUUCCCAUUGAGAUACACACUUUGAACUACCAGUAAUCAAAGCUGUUCUAAACAACUGUUUUAAAAACUGUCAAGUUCUUUUUUUUUUUUUAAGUUGAGUAUUUCACUAUGUAUUUCAAAUAAUCAUUGUCAUUAAAGGAUUUGUGGCAAAAAGGUGAA